UCGCUUCAUCAUCUUCAUCAGCUCAAGCCUUCUCCUUUAGCAAUCACACCGAACCUUUCCACCACCCCGUCUUGAGUUCAGUUCUCUUUAUCUCUUACAAGGCCAACAUGGGUGUCAUCACCUAUUCGCAAGAGAUCACAAGUGUCGUUGCACCGUCAAGGAUGUUCAAGGCUUUGUUCCUUGACUCACAGAAUAUGCUGCCCAAGAUUGUUCCCGAGGGCAUCAAGAGCAUUGAGUUCAUUGAGGGAGAUGGUGGAGUUGGUAGCAUCAAGCAAACCAACUUCGGUGAAAGCUCCCACAUCAAGUACAUCAAGCACAAGAUCGAUGCUCUUGAUGCUAGCAGCUUUUACUGCAAAUAUACUAUGAUUGAAAGUGAUAUAAAAUUUGACAAGAUUGACUUGGUCGUGGAAGAUGUGAAAUUCGUUGCGGCUGGAAGUGGAUGUGUCUGCAAGAUGACCAGCGAGUACCACGUCCAAGAGGGUUGUGAGCUCAAGGAGGAGGAUAUCAAGAAGGGUAAAGACAGAGCUAUGGGAUUGUACAAGGCUAUUGAGGAGUACCUUGUGGCCAAUCCCGAUGUUUGUGCCUAAAUGCUAUGUUGAAGAUCCGUUUUGAAUUAUGAUAUAGCAAAGCGAGUGAAAUGUCUCUAUUGUAUCUUUUGUUUUCACAUUGGCUCUGCCUUGGAGCCUUUGGGUGAAAAGGUUUUAUUGUGUGAUUUCUACAGUGUAAAGGGAUUUGAUGGUUGUGUGUAAGGCCAUGCCAAAAAAAUUGAAGGAGCAAUGAACAAUCCAAUAAAUUAUGGGUUUUACCCA